UCACAUUUGAUUUUCGUAAAUAAAUACUAUUAACAAUGAUUAUAAACAAUUCUAUAGACAAAUUAAAUGCAAUUAUGAAUCGCAAUGGUUUAAAAAUAAAUGAAAUCCAUAACGGUUGUGAGAAAAACAUAUGUUUUAAUUUGUAUUGAAUAUUCAGUUUCUGAAAUGUUAAAGAUAUUUUCACUAUGAAAUUUAGAUAUCAUAAUUGUUGUGGUGUAUUAGUAAUCAAUUACUAUAUUAAUAUUAUUGAUUAUCGACUCCUGUGAUAUUGUACGUAUCACCUAGGGUCGACGUUGUCGGAAGAGUCGACGUGUUCUUCUGUUUACAAAUUACUGUUGAUAAGUAGGAAGGGCACACUGCGCAUGCGCUGUUUUCUUUUUCAGUAGUGAUGUAGGAAAAUGGCGUCGACGAAGUCGCUGGAAGAUAUGUUGCUCUCUUCAGACAUCGACGAGUCGGCGGUGAGUGCACUUGUCGGAUCCCUGGAAUCUCAGCUGUCAUCAUCAGAUGCACACUAUCCACGAAAUGAAUUAUCAAACACAACUAUCAACAAUAAUCACAUAGCAAACGCAUCUGUGCCUGACUGCAGUGCGAGAUUGCCCGACGGACAAAAACAUGGUGCACUUUUAGGUAGUUUAUUAGAGCAAGGGAGUCAAAAUACAAACAAAAGUAUGACGAACUCUCAAAUUGUUGGACUCAAUGCUGUUCAAUCACAAAAUCUUUCGAAUGCUGUUAUAGUUUCACUACCAGGGGCCUUACCCGCGAGUGGCUAUUUGACUCAGGUUAGUUCAACGCAACAGCCCUUGUUAAAUUCAUCGGUUGUCAGCAGGCAUGUAAGUAAUGCCGAUAUAAAGCUUGUUUAUUCACCUCACACCACUGCUCCACAAUUUUCUUCAGCGGCUACCUCAUCUAUCGUUACUUCGGGUGUUAUUACAGCUAAUCACAUGUCUCGCAAUAACUUCAAAAUUUCUACUCUACAUAAUGGGAAUUCAAACUUUAACACAGGACAGAUCGCAACGUCCGGUGUGCCAGUUUUAUCGGGGCCACAGACCAGUGCUGCGACUUUAAGCGCGAUGCAGAAUUUAGCAAAUAUUGCAUCUCAACAACCUCGCUUACAGGUAAUAAAUCCAAGCGGGCAACAACAUCAAAUCCUGACUCAACAACAAAUUAACGCUUUGAACACUAAAAGUGGUGGCGUACCGAGAAGCCCAGUAGACACCAAAGGUAAACAAAUUCCAGUCACAAGGACAGACCAAAACUCUUCAAAUGACCAUAGACAUUCUCCAUCACUGUCCAAUCAUUACCAAGUACUGACUGGUGGACAGGCAUCUGUGAUUACUUCUAAACCUUCUCAUAUAUCUAAUCAACCUGUCAAUGUAGUCACUGUGACAAAUCCAAGUAUGCUACCGCCUGGAGUUCAAAUUCUCAAUGUGAAUUCCCCUAGAUUUGGACCCAAAACAUUGGCACCCAGAGGUUUGGUGCUAGGGAAUCAGGUUCGAAUUGCUCCUCAAUUAAUUCGACAGGGAACUCCACUGCAAGUACCCGGACAAGGUGCCAUUGCUUUACCACCUGGUAUGAGAAGUGCUAUUGUUGUUCGAGCUGAUGGUAGCCAGUACCACGUAUUUAAUGUCGCCGCUGGGCCACCUGGUUUACCAGCAGGAUCAGCUAAUUCUCCCAACACUACAUAUAGGUUGCAAACAUUGGCGGGGCCUGUGAUUAGAACUCUGUCACACCAGCAAGUAGUAUCUGUUCCUGUUUCAUCUGCUGGUGUUAAAACAUUACAGACUGGGUCUGGUACUAUUGUUAGAACUUUGACUCCUCAGAUGACAGUUGCAUCACAAGCACUUUCUAAAAGUCCGUCUGUAGUGAGUACUGUUGUACAACAAACAACAACCAGUGUUUCUCGAACUACUUCAGCAAAUACUCAAUCAGCUGGUGCAGAUUUCUGUUAUUCUGGCUACAAUCGUGACCACUACGAUGCUUAUAGGAUGUCUCCAAACACUAUCAAGAAGAAAUGCCAAAAUUUUUUGAGCACACUCAUCAGAUUAGCCGGUGAUGAAACAACGAAAACUGCCUCCAACGUCAAGAAACUCAUACAAAAUCUGAUUGAUGGCACUAUUGAACCUGAGGAAUUUUCUACUCAACUGCAAAAAGAGUUGCAUUCAAACCAUCAGCCUUAUUUAAUCCACUUUCUCAAGCCUAAUAUGCCACAAAAUAUAACAAGAUCUAUACGACCUAUAUUAUCCACCACAACUGGUUCCUAUACUGGUAUUGUUGAGAAAUCUCCAGCCACAGUGGGUGCCCUCCAAUCAAAAGUUAUGUUACCUAAACAAGUCUCAAUAAUAAAGCCUUCUGCAGUUGCCUCCAAAGAAAAGAAACCUUUUGUUUCUGUGAGGGAUGAGGAUGACAUAAACGAUGUGGCUGCCAUGGGUGGAGUCAACUUGGUUGAAGAAAGCCAGAGGAUACUAGCUACAAAUUCUGAACUAGUUGGUACUCAAAUUAGAUCUUGUAAGGAUGAAAACCAUUUUUUAUCAAGUGCACUUCAUAGGCGGGUUCUUACAAUUGCUAAAAAACAUGGUCUGGAUGAAAUUCGGAGUGAUGUCGUCGAUUUAGUGUCGCAUGCUGCCGAGAAUAGAUUGAAGACUUUAAUUGAAAGAUUAAGUAUAGUAUCUGACCACAGGAGUGAAAUUAUAAAGAAUGAUCCAAAAUAUGAGAUAACACGAGAUACAAAAUCUCAGAUAAAGUUCCUGGAAGAAUUAGAUAAACUAGAAAAGAAGCGUCAUGAUGACCAAGAAAAAGAAAUUUUACUUAAAGCAGCAAAAAGUCGAUCAAAACUGGAAGACCCAGAACUCUUGAAACUGAAAGCUAAAGCAAAAGAGAUGCAAAGAGCUGAAAUAGAAGAGAUGAGACAACGGGAAGCAAAUCUUACUGCCCUUCUUGCAAUAGGUCCUAGAAAAAAGCAAAAAAUUGAUAAUUCUGCUUCGUCUUCUGGCCAGGCUGGAAGUAAUAGUGAUAAUUCCUUUUCAAACAGCAGUAGUUUUCGAAUACCUACUCGGCCUCGUGUCAAGAGGGUCAAUCUUAGAGACUUGCUGUUUGUGAUGGAAACAGAGCCUAAAACUGUCCGCAGUUCACUACUGUAUAAAUAUUAUGCUAGGUAGAUGUAUCACAUUAACUUGUCACUUCGGCUUAGGCGGGAUAUGGGUCCCUUUUAACCUUUCAUGGAUGAAUCAUGAAUUUUGGAUCAUGUGACUUCUGCUGUCCAUCCAUAAGCGACAGUCACAGUGAGAAUCGUGAAUGUAAAUGAUUUAUUUUUUUGUUGUACAUAGGACACAAUUCAAAUGCUGUACUUUUGCUUCGCUUCUAAUUUUGUUUUUAUGAGAGAAAGAAAGAGAUAAUAUAUUUGAAAUGUUGUAAACAAAGUACUGUGCAAAUUAUCAUAUUAUUUAUUAUAGCACUCCAUAUUGUACAAAAUGAUUCGAAAAUUCGUGAUAAAAACGAUGAUAAAAGUGAGAGCUAUUGUAUAUGUUUUAUUCGCUUGAAGCGGACUGAUUAUGCAAAACCGGUUGAGACUCAACGUCGCCUUUUAAAAUAUUUUUAUAUCUUUUAAAGGGUUUUUAUAUAAUGUUUUAUAGUGUUUAAAGUUAACUAAAAUGUGACAGCAUGAUGCUGUUAACUGUAACUUUUUAUUUUAUUUUAUAAGUAGUUUUUAUAUACUCAGGUGUGAAUCCAUACCGUUUAAUUGACAUGACAGAAGGCUUUCCUUUUAAAUUAAAUUUUUGCAUCACUAAGUAGAAAGUUGACAUAUAUCCAGGUAACAAAGUAAUCUUAAGUUUGUAACUCUUGUGGAAAGGUUGGACCAAGUUUGCAAUAACCAUUUUGCAGGUACAUGUAGUGUAAACUUAAGUUAUUAUCUUGCAAGCAGAUUAACUGCAGGCCCACGAGCAGAAUUGUAUCAAAUGUUCUGCUAUAAGAUUUUUGGUAAAUACAAAUAUUUAUUAGGUAUCUUCAAAAAAUUAUUUAACAAUAUUAUUAGGGUCGCAGUUUGUCACAAGAAAAAGGACUGAAAUUUGCAGAAAUUCAUUAAAAAAAUCUUGAACAUUUUGCAGGAGUACAGUUACAAUUAUUAUACAAUAUAUGCAUUGAUAAACUUAUGACAUGGUACAAGUAACAAAAUAAAAGCAUGUACAAGAGCUGAAAAAAAAACUUUUAUUUUAUGCAAUAUUAAUUUUAAUUCAAAUGAGCAAGAUUUAGAUACAAAAUAUAGUUCAUUGUUGAAUUAUUCUACUUAUGUUUUGCCAUUCAACUAGUAUUAGUUUUCCUGCAUUCAAAACAAAAAUUUUAGAAAUUUCAAUGCCCUAUGCGAUAAUCUAUGUUCUCCCUCUUUUCAGUAAAUUAUUUUUUUCAAGGUAAAGGCUAACUAAACUUUUUCAUCCAUUUUGUAAUUUUAUUGUACUUGAAUUUGGUAUUUCCUUAUUAUUUCUCUCAAACUUUGGCAUCCUGCUUACGAAUUUUGAACUAUUAUGAAAAUAUUGAGGUUGAAACUUUUAUUUUUCUUCCUUUCUUAAGAUAGAACCAUGGUGAGGAAUUCAGUUAUGUUUCCCUAAAGUAUGUAUAUAUAUAUAUUGUUGCAAAAUUAUUUUCGGCAAAAGUUUCCCAAGAUGUUAAUAUUUUUUUCCUUUUUUCUAAUUAAAAAAGAUAUCAAAACUAUCCAAAAGAUGUAGGGUAUAAAGUUGUGUUGUUUUAAAGUUCAUUUUCAAAAUUAAAGAUGGAACUUUAUUUUACAACAAAUUAUUUAUGCUUAUUUUGUUCUACUUUUCCUUAAAAGUAGUUAGCUUGGUUUCCAAUUACGCAUCUUAUCAAUCCAAACCUGCCAAAUGUAUUUUAAAAUAUAACGAAAGUCACUAAAAUCCCAAUAAUUUCUUCCCCCCCUCUUUUGAGAAAAGAAACAUGAUAUAAUCAUGUUUCUUUUUUCUGUUCUUAGAUUAGACUACAACAAGAGCAUUUUGUUAAUUCCCUUUUUUUUUUUUCGUUAGAAUUGUUUAUGUAGAAAAAGCAGAAUGUAGAUUUCAAAUGAAAUAUGACCAAUAAAUAUUUUACAAUAUUUUAACGUUCAUAUCUUAAAAGAAACUUGCAUACAAGAGUGAAAACUUGUUUUAAGCUUACAUGUUAUCUGGGAAUGAUGUCUAAGUGUUGAUUCUAAAACUAUUAAUACUACUUGAUGCCGCUGUGUUACUAAACUCUGUGGCGCAUUGCACGCCUUUUCAAAAUGAGGACCAUGUACUACUGUGAUCGAGCUUGUAUAUUGCCUUUUAUGCAGUGACCCUACCACUGCAUUUCAAGUAACUUAGAAACAGUUAUCAGAGAAAAUUUCCUCUUGUAUAUAUAUAUUAAGAUACUCUUAUUUCUAUUGCACAUUGUUAAUAAGUCAUUGCUAAUUCUUAGAUGAUGGAUUCUCUUAUAUAUUUUCAUCGCCAGAGAUGUACUGUUUUAGAUUUAUUGUACAUAGAAGAUUUAUUUAAUCACAUUUCCUUUAAUUGAAUGGUUUUCUUGUGUGUGGUGUUAGACAAUUUUCAAGUUACUAUUGCUACCGGGAUGUUUUUUUUUAUUAUUAUCAAAAAUUAAAUCAUUAAGUUUUUAUGUGUGAUUCACCUAUGUACUUCUUGUUUGCUGGAGCUAAUGUAUUAUUGUUUCAUUUUUUUUCUCCCUUUCAUAAAAAAUUAAUUCUCAUAACAUAUGCAGUUUUUGCUUACGACUAAUGUACUACAGAUUUUCUGUAGAUAUUAUGAAAUUCAGCGUCUAAUUGGAGGUUUUUAAAUUUUUUCAAAAGAAUUUCAAAUUUCUAAAAAUUAUCCAUAUUUGUUUAGCUUUUAUAUUUGAUAUUUUAUAUUUGAUAUUUUAUAAUUUUUUUUUCAGUGUGACAGUCUAGUUAAGGUCUAAUUUUUGUUAUUGGUCUAAUUAUACUCUGAAAUGCUUCAAUGUAGAUCUAGGGAAAGAAUGAAGUUUUAACUAAAGUACACAAAAGAAAAAAACCUUAAAUGAAUAAGAUAGCUAGGUUUUGUUGUACAGGUGUGUAUGUAUGUAUAAAUGUGAAAUCCUGAAAUAUCUUUCAAUGGUGAAGUAAAAAAGUUCUCGAAUACAUGCCUCUAUUAUUUUUUUUUUCUUUUAAAAAAAUGACUAAGUGAAUUUAAAUAAAAAAUUGUGCACGAUUAUAAUGAAAUAUGCUGUGCUAUUUUAUGACAAAACUGAAAAUUAAAAACUAAACAGCUUCUAUCUCUAAUAAAUAUUUCCUGGUGGUUCGAGUAAAAUUCUAGUGGUCUCGAUUUUACAGACUGCUUUUAUUUUCCAACCCUUACUUGAAGAGAUGGAUGUAAGAGAACAAGUCACAAAUUGUUGAUGUGAGCAAUAUGAAAUGUUAUAAGACAAUAGGUUUUUGUAGUUUUUACUGCAUAGGAUAGGAAAACAUUUGUGCCUGGUGUUCAUCCUUUUAUCAAAAAAACUGUUUUGUCACCAGCCAAAGGAAACAUUGAAGUUUUUUAGGAUAAUUAGGGCUUUCCUGGUAUUAAACUUAUAAUAAUUACUUGUCAGCACUGAAUUUCAACGGAUAAGAUCCGCUUAAUACCCUCAUAAUUUAAAGAACAUCUAUACUUAAUUACAGAAUGUAAUUAAAAUUUGACAUUUCAUUGUACCUUUACCAGCAUCAAAACCUGGUUAUCUUAUUUAUUUUAAGUGUCAUUGUGUCAAGUUGGAAUGUCUCAUUCAUGCUGCAUUCAGUUGUGUUGAGUUAACAAAAUAUACAAUUUCUCAAAUUUAACAGCAAAAAGCUUUUUCUUUCUUUUUUUUUUUUUAAAUUUUCUUUCUGUCUAAAUUAUUAAUCUUUGUUAAAAGUACCUUUUUAAAAUGACAUGAGAGAUACAUCAUGAACAGUAAGCUGCAUUUUUUAUUCUAAGUGUGGAUUCAUCAUUAAUAACAAAAAGCAAAAAUUUGGACAGAACAUUUCUUUUUUGAUGCAGUUGCAAACACAAAUUUCUAUUGAAUGUAAAGUCACAUAAAAAGUUGAAAUUCAGAAUACAAAUUAGAUCACAAAUACAUAAAAAAUAUAUUAUGAAUAGAAAAUUAACAUGUUUUAGUUGUAUAUAAGGUAUUCUGAGUAAUUUUAAAAAUAUUUUAUUGUUCAUCUAAUAUUUUCUGAGUUAUGUUUUGUAAUGGGGCUUAAGAAAUUAAUUAAGCUCAAAUUUAAUUGAUUUUUAAGGAUCAUUUCUAUGAAACAUAGUUUCAAUAUUGUGCAUUUUUUUAUUCUUAUUUCACUUAUAUGCUUUGAAUUUUCAUUUCAUAACUUUCCUAUUUAUUUAAAGAAAAGUAUUGUUUGUUAUGACAUCCAUAAGUUGUGCAUCAAAUUGUAAAAUAUAUCUAAAUUGCAACUUUAUUAAAGAAAAAAAUUCAUGUCAAGCA